ACCGUAGGACUUCCGGUUCGUGACUGUCAUAUGACCUGCCCUCUACUGUCAUUUCUGGUACUCCGUAUCAGCACAUUAAGCUCCGAAAGACUUCUUCAGCUAUCCUAAUGGCAACACUGGUGGCAAAUCGAGCAAUGGAUGUGAACAGCCUUGGAGCAGCUGCGAGGACACACACACAGGCUGUGACGAGGAACUACAUCUCCCAUCCGAGGCUAACCUAUUCCACUGUGUCUGGGGUAAACGGACCUCUUGUGAUCCUGGACAAUGUGAAGUUCCCCAGGUACGCUGAGAUUGUUCAUCUGACCCUCCCAGAUGGCACCAAGAGGAGUGGCCAGGUCUUGGAGGUUAUCGGCAGCAAGGCAGUUGUUCAGGUGUUUGAGGGGACGUCAGGCAUCGAUGCCAAGAAGACGGCCUGCGAGUUCACUGGUGACAUCCUGCGCACCCCGGUGUCAGAAGACAUGUUGGGGCGCGUGUUCAACGGCUCAGGCAAACCCAUUGACCGCGGUCCCAGCGUUCUGGCCGAAGACUACUUGGACAUCAUGGGUCAGCCCAUUAAUCCUCAGUGCCGUAUCUACCCCGAGGAGAUGAUUCAGACCGGUAUCUCUGCCAUCGAUGGCAUGAACAGCAUUGCCAGAGGGCAGAAGAUUCCCAUCUUCUCUGCUGCUGGGCUGCCUCAUAACGAGAUCGCUGCUCAGAUCUGUCGCCAGGCUGGCCUCGUGCAGAAGCCCAAGGACGUGAUGGAUUACAGCGCCGAGAACUUUGCCAUUGUCUUCGCAGCCAUGGGGGUCAACAUGGAAACCGCUCGCUUCUUUAAGUCGGACUUUGAGGAAAAUGGCUCCAUGGACAACGUCUGCCUUUUCCUCAACCUGGCUAACGAUCCCACAAUUGAGCGCAUAAUCACACCCCGCCUGGCGUUGACCACGGCAGAGUACCUGGCUUACCAAUGUGAGAAACACGUUCUGGUCAUCCUCACUGACAUGAGCUCCUACGCUGAAGCCCUGAGAGAGGUCUCUGCUGCUCGAGAGGAAGUGCCUGGCCGCCGAGGUUUCCCUGGUUACAUGUACACUGACCUGGCCACCAUCUACGAGCGUGCCGGCCGAGUAGAGGGAAGGAACGGCUCCAUCACCCAGAUCCCCAUCCUCACCAUGCCCAACGACGACAUUACCCAUCCAAUUCCUGAUCUCACUGGAUACAUCACAGAGGGCCAGGUCUACGUUGACAGACAGCUGCACAACAGACAGAUCUACCCACCCAUUAAUGUGCUGCCCUCGCUGUCUCGUCUGAUGAAGUCAGCUAUCGGUGAAGGGAUGACCAGGAAAGACCACGCCGAUGUGUCCAACCAGCUGUAUGCCUGUUACGCCAUCGGUAAAGACGUCCAGGCCAUGAAGGCUGUGGUGGGAGAGGAGGCCCUUACCUCUGAUGAUCUCCUCUACCUGGAGUUCCUGCAGAAGUUUGAGAAGAAUUUUAUUGCUCAGGGCCCGUACGACAACAGGACUGUUUACGAGACUCUGGACAUCGGCUGGCAGCUGCUGCGAAUUUUCCCCAAGGAGAUGCUGAAGAGGAUUCCUCAGAGCACCUUGGCUGAGUUCUACCCCAGAGAAUCUGCCGCUCGCCACUAAGGCUCGUUCAGGUCAACUCUGUCCGUAAAUCACCUCCGCCUUCAGCACCUCCACCCUCCCCUUACCCUCAUUCAGGAAGAGGACAGACCUUUCCGACAUGUGGUUGUACUGUAGUUUAUCUGUAUUCUCCAGUCAAGAGUGGAAAGUGUUGGUGGUUCUGGUAUCUGUUUUUAAGUGCAAACUGGUGAACAUAUCAUAGUAGUUUGAGAUCAGUCCUUAUUUAUUAUAACCUUCUGUCGAUCAACACACGUUGACUCCAGAAACAAACCAGGUAAAGAAAGUUGCAUCUAUAUUUCGAAAUUAAGGGACAAAUUUAAACGUCAUUGAUUCAACUUCCUAGUACCAUAUUGCUAUUAACUGAAAAUGCUUUUAUCGUCAUGUUUUUUUUUUGUCGUUGCUUGCAGAAAGCUGCUGUUAAUUUGUUGGGUUUUUUCCAAAUUCAAACCUCUUAAGAAAAUCCACCCAGAGACGUGGAUAUUAAACGGAUCAGAAGUUUGUUGUAUGUUUUCGCAUAUUUCCUCUUUUAUGGGCUCACCGGCCCCCCAUCACAUAAAGGUGUAAGUUUACAUUAUUUGUGUUUUUGUCGAUAAGAUUAUAUAAACAUAUAAUGAACAUUCCCAACUGUGUGCAAAAAAAAAAUGAUUUGUUGUGCAGAUAUAGCCGUUUGUGAGCAUGUGUAUGUGAAUAAAUUAAUAUGUAAACCCUU